GCCUGGAGCCGCGGGGCCGGCAGCCCACGUCGCCGAGCACGCGACACGUCGGGUCUCGCAGGGAAGCCCGCGGCGAGCACAGGCACCCAGACACCAUGCCAGAACCCUGCACCCCUGACAUUGGCAGGAAGUAGAAGGCUUCCUUAUCUCCUUGGUCACCCAUCCUCACCAUGUCUUCGACUCAGGGCAAUGGGGAACACUGGAAGUCCCUGGAGUCAGUGGGCAUCAGCCGCAAAGAGCUGGCUAUGGCUGAGGCCCUGCAGAUGGAGUAUGAUGCACUGUCCCGGCUCCGGCACGACAAGGAGGAAAGCAGAGCCAAGCAGAACACAGACCCGUCCCUCAUCAGCUGGGACGAGCCCGUCCUGGACUUCUACAGCAAGCCGGCGGGGAGGCAGAAGGACCUCAAGCUCUUGCGCGGUCUUUCUGGCUCUGAUCCUACCCUCAAUUACAACUCGCUGUCCCCACAGGAAGGCUUAUCCAACCACUCUACCUCCCAGGGCUCCCAGCCUGGCCCAGAUCCCUGGCCCAAAGGCUCUCUGGCUGGAGACUAUCUCUAUAUUUUCGAUGGUUCAGAUGAAGGGCUUUCUUUGUCCCCAGGACCAGGAGAUAUAGACGGCUCUUCCAAGAAACUGUCCCCACCUCCUUUGCCACCCCGAGUCUCUAUCUGGGACACCCCUCCCUUGCCUCCCAGAAAGGGGUCUCCCUCAUCCUCCAAGGUCUCCCAGCCCAAUGACGUCAACACUUUUUCUUCGGUCGAGCAGCCUCCAGGCAAACUGCUAGGGCGUCACAUCUUAGAAGAGGAAGAAGAGCUGGGGGGUGGGGGUCCGAGGUGCCCCCUGGGGCCUGUGGACUAUGACGGUAUCAAUGAUGCAAUUACACGGCUCAACUUGAAGUCGACCUACGAUGCAGAGAUGUUGCAUGAUACCACCAGGGGCUGGAAGGAGGGCCGGGGGCCCCUGGACUUCGGCAAGGACACUCCUGGAAAACCUGUGGCCCGGAGCAAGACCAUGCCCCCUCAGGUGCCGCCCCGAACCUAUGCCUCCCGCUAUGCCAACCGGAAAAAUACGACACCUGGCAAGAACCGCCGGAUUUCUGCUGCUCCGGUGGGCUCCCGGCCCCAUGCUGUCACCAAUGGCCAUGAGUUGUUUGAGGUCUCAGAGGAGAGAGAUGAGGAAGUUGCUGCAUUUUGCCACAUGCUGGAUAUCCUCCGAUCUGGCUCUGACAUCCAAGACUACUCCCUCACCGGCUAUGUCUGGAGUGCUGUCACCCCCAGCCCGGAGCACCUUGGGGAUGAAGUCAACCUGAAGGUGACCGUGUUGUGUGACAGCCUACGGGAGCCACUCACUUUUACCUGCAACUGUAAGUGGGGGAGGGGGUAUGAGCAUCCCUUGAGUAAAGGGGGGCUGGAGCCAAUCCUGGAGGACUGGCUCUGGGGCCAGCUCUUUGGGCCCACGGUCACUUUCCGCAAGCCCAAACUGUGUGUUUGCCUGCUUUAUCUGGAUGGCAGUGGUGCUGGAGAAUGCUCAGCCAGGAACGUGGCGGGACGGCUUCCAGCUGCGCACUGUCCACUACCCCCAGCCGCUUGGAGAAAGCAGGCCUCGGCAGCGGUGGGAAGGGAGAGGCCAGUGUGUCAGUUCAAGCAUGCCCUGGGCAGCCACGAGUACAUUCAGUACUGCCGCAAGUUUGACAUUGACAUUCGGCUGCAGCUGAUGGAGCAGAAAGCUGUACGCAGUGACCUGGCCCGGACGGUGAAUGAUGACCAGAGCCCCUCCACCUUGAACUACCUCGUCCAUCUGCAAGAGAGGCCAGUCAAACAGACCAUCAGCAGGCAGGCCCUGAGUCUUCUGUUCGAUACCUACCACAAUGAGGUGGAUGCUUUCCUGCUGGCUGAUGGGGACUUCCCGCUGAAGGCCGACAGGGUGGUCCAGUCCGUCAAGGCCAUCUGCAACGCCCUAGCCGCUGUGGAGACUCCUGAGAUCACCAACGCUCUCAACCAGCUGCCCCCCUGCCCCUCCCGCAUGCAGCCUAAAAUUCAGAAGGAUCCCACCGUCUUGGCUGUGAGGGAAAACCGAGAGAAGGUCGUGGAGGCUCUGACAGCUGCCAUCUUGGAUCUGGUGGAGCUGUACUGUAGCACUUUCAAUGCCGACUUCCAGACGGCGGUGCCCGGGAGCCGCAAGCACGAUCUGGUCCAGGAGGCUUGCCAUUUCACCGGGCCCCUGGCCUUCACCGUCUAUGCCACCCACCGCAUCCCCAUCACUUGGGCUACCAGCUAUGAAGAUUUCUACCUCUCCUGCUCCCUCAGCCAUGGCGGGAGGGAACUGUGCAGCCCCCUGCACACGCGAAGGGCUCACUUCUCCAAGUACCUCUUCCACCUCAUCAUCUGGGACCAGCAGAUCUGCUUCCCUGUGCAGGUGAACCGGCUGCCUCGGGAGACCCUGCUGUGUGCCACACUCUACGCUCUGCCCAUCCCCCUGCCUGGGAGUUCCUCUGAGGCCAAUAAGCAGCGGCGUGUGCCCGAAGCCCUGGGCUGGGUCACCACCCCUCUCUUCAAUUUCAGGCAAGUCCUGACCUGUGGUCGGAAGCUUCUGGGCUUAUGGCCAGCAACACAGGAAAACCCCAGUGCCCGUUGGAGUGCACCUAAUUUCCACCAGCCGGAUAGCGUCAUCCUGCAGAUUGACUUCCCCACCUCAGCCUUUGACAUCAAGUUCACCAGCCCCCCCGGAGACAAGUUCAGCCCCCGCUAUGAAUUUGGCAGCCUCCGGGAGGAAGACCAACGUGUGCUUCAGAACAUCAUGCAGAAGGAGUCCUUGUACUGGCUCACUGAUGCUGACAAGAAGCGCCUGUGGGAGAAGCGAUACUAUUGCCACUCUGAGGUGAGCUCACUCCCCCUGGUGCUCGCCAGCGCCCCCAGCUGGGAGUGGGCUUGCCUGCCCGACAUCUAUGCUCUCCUGAAGCAGUGGACCCACAUGAACCACCAGGAUGCCCUGGGGCUCCUGCAUGCCACCUUCCCGGACCAGGAGGUGCGUCGUAUGGCUGUGCAGUGGAUCGGCUCGCUGUCGGAUGCUGAGCUCCUCGACUACUUGCCUCAGCUCGUGCAGGCCCUGAAGUAUGAGUGCUACCUGGAUAGCCCCUUGGUGCGAUUCCUCCUGAAACGAGCUGUCUCGGACUUGAGAGUGACUCACUACUUCUUCUGGUUGCUGAAGGAUGGCCUCAAGGAUUCACAGUUCAGCAUUCGCUACCAGUACCUGCUGGCAGCCCUGCUGUGCUGCUGCGGCAAGGGGCUGAGAGAGGAAUUUAACCGCCAGUGCUGGCUGGUCAAUACCCUGGCGAAGCUGGCCCAGCAGGUCCGGGAGGCUGCCCCAUCUGCCCGGCAGGGGAUCCUCCGCACGGGUCUGGAGGAGGUGAGGCAGUUCUUUGCCCUCAACGGCUCCUGCCGCCUGCCACUCAGCCCUAGUCUGCUGGUUAAGGGCAUCGUGCCCAGGGACUGUUCCUACUUCAACUCCAAUGCCGUCCCCCUCAAGCUCUCCUUCCAAAACGUGGAUCCCCUGGGCGAGAACAUCCGUGUCAUCUUCAAGUGUGGGGACGACCUGCGCCAGGACAUGCUAACCCUGCAGAUGAUUCGCAUCAUGAGCAAGAUCUGGGUCCAAGAGGGGCUGGACAUGCGCAUGGUCAUUUUCCGCUGCUUCUCCACAGGCCGGGGGAGAGGGAUGGUGGAGAUGAUCCCCAAUGCCGAGACGCUGCGCAAGAUACAGGUGGAGCACGGGGUGACCGGUUCCUUCAAGGACCGGCCCCUGGCGGACUGGCUGCAGAAACACAACCCCGGGGAGGACGAGUAUGAGAAGGCCGUGGAGAAUUUCAUCUAUUCCUGUGCCGGCUGCUGCGUGGCCACAUACGUCUUGGGCAUCUGUGACCGGCACAAUGACAAUAUCAUGAUGAAGACCACCGGCCACAUGUUCCACAUAGAUUUCGGCCGCUUCCUGGGCCAUGCUCAGAUGUUUGGCAACAUCAAGCGGGACCGUGCCCCCUUUGUCUUCACCUCGGACAUGGCGUAUGUCAUCAACGGGGGUGACAAGCCUUCCAGCCGCUUCCAGGAUUUUGUCGACCUUUGCUGCCAAGCCUACAACCUCAUUCGCAAGCACACCCACCUCUUCCUCAACCUUCUGGGCCUGAUGUUGUCUUGUGGGAUCCCUGAGCUCUCAGACCUGGAGGACCUCAAGUACGUGUAUGAUGCCCUGAGGCCUCAGGACACGGAAGCCAAUGCCACUACCUACUUCACUAGGUUGAUUGAGUCCAGCCUGGGCAGUGUAGCCACAAAGCUUAAUUUCUUCAUCCACAAUCUGGCUCAGAUGAAGUUCACGGGCUCUGACGACCGGCUGACCCUUUCCUUUGCCCCCCGAACACACACACUCAAGAGCUCCGGCCGCAUCACUGAUGUUUUUCUCUGCCACCAUGAGAAGGUUUUCCACCCCAACAAGGGCUACAUUUAUGUGGUCAAGGUGAUGCGAGAGAAUGCUCACGAGGCCACUUACAUCCAGCGGACGUUUGAGGAGUUCCAGGAAUUGCACAAUAAACUGCGUCUGCUCUUCCCUUCUUCCCUGUUGCCCAGCUUCCCUAGUCGCUUCGUGAUUGGUCGCUCGCGGGGAGAGGCCGUGGCCGAGCGGCGGAGGGAGGAGUUAAACCGCUACAUCUGGCACUUGACCCACGCAGCCUCGGAGGUGGCCGAGUGUGAUUUGGUGUACACCUUCUUCCACCCCCUGCCCCGAGAUGACAAGACUACGGGCACCAGCCCAGCUCCCAAGUCCUCAGAUGGCUCAUGGGCCCGGCCCGUCGGGAAGGUGGGAGGGGAGGUGAAGCUGUCCAUCUCCUACAAAAACAAUAAACUCUUCAUCAUGGUGAUGCACAUCCGGGGCUUGCAACUGCUCCAGGAUGGAAAUGACCCGGACCCCUACGUGAAGAUUUACCUCCUUCCUGACCCUCAGAAAACCACUAAGAAGAAAACCAAAGUGGCCCGGAAAACCUGCAACCCCACCUACAAUGAGAUGCUGGUGUACGACGGCAUCCCCAAGGGGGACCUGCAGCAGCGAGAGCUGCAGCUGAGUGUGCUGAGCGAGCAAGGAUUCUGGGAGAACGUUCUCCUCGGGGAGGUGCACAUCCGCCUUCGAGAGCUGGACCUGGCCCAGGAGAAGACUGGCUGGUUCGCACUGGGGUCUCGAAGUCACGAGACCUUGUGAGCCCAGCAGAGCUCCCCUCCGAUCUCCUCCCUGCCCAGGACCCCAGGCUGGUGGGGUGCAGGGGGAAGAGGACUCUCCUUUGCUCGAUGUGCCCUUUCCUUGUGAAGGGACAGAGCCCUUGGCGGGCUCCCCUCUCGUCCAGGCGGAUUAAGCCCCUGUGACGGAGACUGGGAGAGGAAGAUGCUCUCUGCUGUCCCCCUCCUCUGCCGACUGCGUUGGGGUCGGCUGCGCGGAGCAGCUGCACGGAGGCUGUGAGGUUGCAGCGAAGUUUUAAGUUUACCUUGUGUCAAGGGAGCAAUGCCUGGCUGGGGGUGCGUGGGGCGGGCUGUAUGAAUUAGCGUUCUGAGGGAGGGUGGGUGGAUAUCUUUAUUUUUAUUUUUAAAAAAUGAACCAGUAAUGUUGUCCUGACUGGACACGGAAGCCUCGGAAGGCAAACGAGGAAGACUCUGAACGUUUCGUAUCCUUAAGGUUCUUAUUGGACUUUCCCCUACGGUUCUGUUGGUUUGCUUGUUUGUUUUUCCAUUUUGUGUUUUUCUAUCUAUAGGAAUUAUUGGGGAGGGGCCCAGUGGGUCCUCGGUCAGAGCCCUCCCUCUCUAAGGGCAGGGCGGGGAGGGGCGGGGCGGGCUGGCCUGCUGGGCUGAGGCCUGCUGCGGGCCUUUCUGAUUUUGCCUCCAAAGGAGAGCGAUGUGAUACCUAAGUGUGUAAGGAAGGACCUUCCCAAUGGGCCCUGCAGAGGACCCGUGUUCAGGGACCUGGGCUCUUUCAGGGGCAGUUUUUCCUUUCAUCUUCCCCAACUUUGCUAGGCCUCGCCCCAAAUCCAGUCUUCUACCCUCCAUUCUCAUGGCCUUUUUGGGGACCAUCGGUCCCUGUGACUACGCUGGGGGUGCUCUCCAUAGGUCUCUCUCCCUUCCUCUUCCCCGGGUGGGAUGAAGUGCUGCCUCAGCCCUCAGAUUUGGUUCCCCCCAAGGGCACCCUGGCCCUGGGGAGGGGGACUCGGCCGCAGAUGCCAGUGUGGCCUCACCACCCACCACACCACCUUUUUUUUUUUUGUAUGCUGCUCUUCCCAAACUCCAUUUCUGUCACAUUUUUAAAAAAUAAGACUUUCCCUCAUUCUAUGGGGCCAUAAACCUAUUUCGUCUGGAGCCAAAGGGAUGCCCUAAGCAGAGGAAAAGGGGCCUUGGGUGGGGAUUCCAGUGAUGUUCUUUGGUUGGGAGAAGGCCGGAUCGGAGGGGCUGAUCGAUCCUGGGAGCCGAGCUAGGAGUGAGAGACCAGGUCUCUUGUCUCUUACAUUUUUUAUUCCUUUCCAGUUGGAGUUAAGAUUCACUCUUGUGCUUUACUCCAAAGGGCUGUGUAUUCCUUGGAAGAAAGGGGGAGAGACUUUGAAUUUGAUACUAACUUUUUAAACCCGAAUUGGCUGGAUGUUCCCCAGGAUCGGGGUGGGGAGGGAAUCGAGGAUGCUCUGAACUGUCCAUCCCAGCUUCCUUCUCAGCCCCAAGGAUCAGAAAUUCCCCCGUUUGCUGACUCAUUCCAUAACUAGAGAAAAAGGCUCCACUCGCUGAAGCCACAGGGUAGCCGGGAAAUGUAAGCUUUCCUUUUAGGUUAAAAAUGUCAAGGCUAAGGUGGCCACCGUGGGGGAGGGGCUGGAGGAAGGGGGAACAGGGCGGGGGAACUCCUCCAGGUGAAUGGACCAGAGAUGGGUUACUGGCUUUUUGCCUGUAGCUCAUUUGAUUUUGACCCUCUCUGCCCCUGAUUUAAAGAGGUGUUUCUGUACCCUCUUCCCUUGUAUCCGCUACUUUCUCUGGAAUUGUAUUUUCUAAUAAAUGACAUUUGAGAAAAACAAAA